GAGCUGAGGAGCUCUCACCAGGAAGCUGACUUACCCUAAACCACGCCGCUAUUUCUCGUCACACUACAUUUGGGUCUGCUGUCACUGCUGCCUCCGGAUGAGAUAGACCCAGUUGCCACGACUAAUUUGGCCUGUACGUGCAGUGGUCUCAGGUCACCUCUUGAAGUUUGGUUUUUGUUGGUUUUUUUUUUCAUCUCAGUAACAUCAGUGUUCUAAUCUACUAAAAUAGAAGUCCAUCUGAAAAAGCCAAGAGAACAGAACGCCACUCUUCUAUUUUUCUUCUCCUGUCUCGUCUAGAGUAGUUGACUUCCGUAACGUUUAUUUCCAACAGCCGCUUUCAGCUUCCUGCGCCUGCCAUUGUUUCCAGCUGUGGAUGGUGUGGGAGUGCAGCUGUGGCAUCUGGAGGAAGCCAGCUUUAACACGGGAUCUAUCGUGAAGAAAAUACUUGCAGAGGAAAAAGAAAAGUCAUUUGACUCACUGAAGAAUUAAAACCGACAGCACCACAGAGCCGUGUGGGAGAAAAGGGGAUUUUGGACUCAAGUGACACAAUCAAGUCUUGAGAAGUAAAGAGAUUUGGAUGGUUUCUCACCAAAUGGAAGUUAUCUAGAAAGCCUCAGAGACCACUGCAUCUCUCCAUCCCACUCCUGCUGCGCCAAGACAGUGCUUUUGGCCCUGGACAUUAAUAAAAUGCUGGAUUCAAUCAAGUGUGUCCUGGUGGGAGACUCCGCAGUGGGGAAAACAUCUCUCUUGGUACGUUUCACCUCUGAGACUUUUCCAGAUGACUACAGACCCACUGUAUAUGAAAAUACCGGAGUGGACGUCUUCAUGGAUGGUGUACAGAUUAGCCUAGGUCUUUGGGACACAUCUGGCAGCGAUGCCUUCAAAGGCAUUCGCCCCCUCUCAUACCAACAGGCAGACGUGGUAUUAAUGUGCUACUCGGUGGCGAACCACAAUUCCUUUCUAAACCUGAGGAACAAAUGGAUCGGCGAGAUCCGCAGCCAUUUGCCCCGCAUCCCCGUUUUGGUAGUGGCUACUCAGACUGACCAGCGCGAGACGGGGCCUUACCGUUCCUCCUGCAUCAACUCAAUAGACGGGAAGCGUCUUGCCCAGGACGUGCGAGCCAAAGGCUACUUGGAGUGCUCUGCCCUCAGCAACCGAGGGGUGCAGCAGGUGUUUGAGUACGCCGUGCGGACAGCAGUCAAUCAAGCCAAAAGGCAGAACAGGCGGAAGCUGUUCUCCAUUAACGAGUGCAAGAUCUUUUGAGGACCGUUGGCAGCGGGUUUGCUCGUGUUCGUUCUUUCUGUCUUUGCACAAAGAUACUGUGGCAGAGAGGAUGGGAGGUGAAUCAAAGGAGGACUCCUGGCUGGACCACAGUGCAGGUGCCCCCAUUGAGACAGAUGUGCACUCUAUCUGAUCUGCUCCCCCAGCACACAUGGGCACAAUCUUUAAAAACAAAAGGUGCAGGUACAUACCCUUAUUCACAAACUUGUGUUUGGACUUUGCUAGCCUGGACUGGAGCAGGCCUAGUCUGGAGAUCUUCAGAUAAUAGCUGUACUGAUUUUGUUGUUGUUGAUGAUGAUGUUCCUCAGUUGUUGGUUUGUCUGCACUUAUUUAAUAACAAACUUCUGCCUGGAUCAACCCCCACCUCUUGACAUGUCUGUCCAUGUGGAUAUUUUUUUUUUUUACUUUAAGAACUUUUUGUAUAAAAUCUGACCACUGUGUGUUCUAUUUAAAAGGCUUUUGUAUACGUUGUUGUAAAAUCCUAACGUUUUUUUUCAUGUUUUGGAGGUUCUUCCUUUAGCUAACCACAGAAAUAAAUUGUCCUAUCCAUAUAAUAAAUGGCCUGCAGGCAAGCUGAGCACUUCUUACACAUGCCUGAGUCACUGCAUAACAGUAAUCAAAUCCAGUACGUCCAGUAUAGGAGUGAUCAGAACUUAGUGACAUUUGACAGCUGUCCUGUGGCUUUGUGAGAUUUGUUAUCUUAGUCUUGUUCCUCAGCAAUAUGGUCAAAUAUGGGACAAACCAGGAGGAAACUAGCCUGAUUCUUUCUAGACCUCACCUGGUUACAACCCCAGAAGGGCUGGCUUGCAGUCAGGGCUGGUUUAGACAUAUGGUUUGGGUGGCAGAGAUGAAUCUGUGCUAUCAUCAUCUCUGUUGUCCCUUCUGUAAUUCUGGAGGCAAAAGGUUUCAGUCUGCAGGGAUGAAAGGUAUUUUUUCGUGAGCACUAAAAUUCUUACAUACUUUUAGUACACUUCUUUGAAACAAUGGUUUUAGUGAAACCAGUCACCCACUAUAGUAAAAGAAUUAAGUACAUGGCAAAGUUGAAUGUGCUUAUUUAGAAUGGCUAAAUAACAAUUUUUUUUGAGUUUGCAUACUAAGUAUAACUGCCUGAGUCGUAUCAAAAUAAGACUGAAACAGGCUUUGCAUCCUGGGGAGCCUGGCAAGUCUAAGAGUCAAAUCCUGACGUACCUACUUGGGCCAUGUUGCCCUCAUGCAUAGAAAACCAGGCUAAGGAGGUGGAAACUCCAGGUGUGUAAGAGACCUCUGCUGUAAGAUGUAGAGGGGUUAACACGCACUGCUGUACUUUCCUCCUGAGUUGUGGUGUUCCCCUCCUCGUCAGGUUAUCUGUCCCCUCUGUCCCGCACCAUCUUAGAUCUUGCAGAUCUGUCUCAUCCCAAGGUUUCUGCUGCCCGUAGAAGAAAGCCCCUGGGGGAUUUCUUAGUGCAACAAGAUUUUUAUUCUUCUAUUCCCUGUCCUUCAGCUAGCUCAGAACUGACCUUUGAGAGGCUUAUAGCAUGGUGCCAUAAAAGAUGGUACAUAGCACAGUAGGAUGAUUCUCUCUCCUCAUGGAUCCUAAGAGAAUGACCUCUGUCUGUUUUGACUGAGCUCCAACUCAUGUGUUUCAACAGGAUGCAGCAGCUUGUCUCAUUCAAAUCCAAGGUGGGACUUCAGGAGUUACCCUACUAAGCAAGUGAGCUAUAGAUCAGACCUCAUCUAUCUAUAGUUUGUUCCUGAAAGACUUGUUGGGUGCUCUUCUCCAUCCUCUGUUCUAGCUCUGAGCUCCUCUAUAAAGAGACAUUCCAAAUGAAAUCAUUCCCCUCCUUUGAAUCCCGGAGAUGAUCUCACUUGUGAGGUAGGUGAGCGAGUAUUUGCAUUGCGAGCACCUUGAAUAGCAGUGGUGCAUGGGACACUCGAUGUUGUGAUCAUUCCUCCAGCUCCCAGGCUGGUGAAUAUUUACCACUCAUCAACCUGACUCUAAGGGAGGCUUCUGGUCAUAAAAACAGACUAGUCUCAUGUGAGGUUUUCAUAUCAGCUUUAAAUCUUCACAAGCUUCUGCACCCGAGCACACGAGCCGAGGGCUCCCAUCACCGCCCAUCUUUUCUGUACUCUUCUCUUUCCUGCUUCUCUUUCUCUCCACGCGUUGGUUGCAAAUCCUUUGCCCCCUGGAACACUAAACCCGACAUAUUUGUAAAAGAACCUGAAUGGCGUGAUACUUAUGCGGAGUUAUACAAGUGAAAAACCUUUUGGCUUUUGGAAGAAAUACGUUUCUACAUCUCAACUCUUGCAAUGCCUCUUCACUGAAAGUUCUGGUUUUUUGUAACCCUAAUUUAAAAGUAGCCGUUGUUACUGUUUGAACAUUAAAGAUCACAUGCAAAAUGUCACGUUGUGAAUCUUCAAAUCUGUUACAAUUGUGGGCAUUUUUCUUAUGGUCCCCACUCCACUAAUGGGUUUAAUACCUGGUUUCAAUUUUUCUUUUAAACAUAUUUUUGCCAGUGUGUUCUAUUAAAUGGCCUUUUUUUUCUCUGUGAAUUAAGCUUAGUUUACAACAUUUCGUACUGCUGUUUUUAUGUGUUGAAGAGCAGUAACUGCUAGGCCAGGAUGCUGUGUUGUGGUAUCUGCCACGGGAUACUGGUGUUCAAGGACCAGAAGGCUCCAGAGAGCUGUUUUAUCAGACAAAGCCAGAUGAAGACGAGCUCCAGAAUCACACCAUAACUGAAAAUCCCAUCUCAGCUGUGUUUGUUUCGCAAGGCUUGUUACAGUGUGUUACAAAUGAAGAAUGCAAGGUUUGCUUGCAAUUCAGCAAAGCAAAGCGGGUCGGCUUCCUCGAGAUGCCUGAGAUGACAAUAUGGGAUGCAAAGGCAAUUUGAAGGUUGCUUGAUAUACUCUUGACUGUGCAUCCUAGAGCCAGUGCAAGGUGUGAGGCCACCGAAAGCUGUCAGGUUUUUAAAGUCAAAUUAAGAGACUGUAAAGUAACUGGGGGAUUUUGGUUUGGUGCUAUGUGAAAAAAAAAACCCAACAGUUCCAAUUUUCACAGCCUGGUUAUUUUCAGACUCUCAAAGCUAAAAGGCACUUUUCACUGGGAACAAACUGCAAAGCACAUUAUUUUCGUGUCUGUAAUUAUGCAGCUUUGCCUGAGUUAUAAAACCGGUGUGCUCAAGAAGCGUGACAACUCAAAUGCAGAGAGUGAAAUCUGGAUGUGUCGGAACUGAGAACUGGACGUAUCAGAAUUUGGCCAAAUGGCUGAUCGCUGUGGGGCUUGCACAACUGCAGCUGUCCUGCCCGCAGAACCCUACCGAGGUGGUUUUGCUAGCGUUACCUGGGCCACAGGGUCGCUGGGUACGGCUCGGUGGUAAAAACCUGGCUCUGAUAUUCAAAAUACAUUCAAAUGACAGCUGGGCACACAUGCUAAGUUUUGACUUCUUUUGCUCUGAAAAACAGCAGUUUGAGGGAGACUGAGACAAUGUGGCGUCUCGCCUCAGCCGGGUCGGGCUGUUCAGCUGAGGGAAGAGACCUUGCCCAAAUGUUCCCUUUCUAUCUUCUCAAACCGACCCCUUUCAGUUUGUUAUUUCGUUGCUAAUUCUACUUUCACUUGCUAUUAAAAUAGGUUAAAAGAAAAAAAAAAAAAGAGAAAAUACUUGGAACUUAAAAUGAGAACAGCAAUAGCGCCGUUAUUUUCGUCAGCGUCUGACUUCUCAUUUUCGACAGAAGAAGUCGUUUUGGGUCACUAAUUGUUUUAUGGAAU